AUGAUUCGAAGGACGAAUUUUGGGUGGUUGUGUGAUGUGGAAAUGGUAAGAGCAUUUGUUUUUAUUUUAUGUUGCGAAGAUCGUUGUUUUCCAACGUGGUUUCGUUUAAGUGGAAUUCUAUUUUCUUAUGUCCGUGUUGGGCCUUGCAGAACCGGCUCAAGUCCUCGCAGCGUGACAAAGUGAGGCAGUUUAUAUCCUUCACUGAGACAAAUGAGAAAACAGCCAUAAACUGCCUCAGCCAAAAUGACUGGAGACUGGAGGUGGCGUCAGAUAGUUAUUUUCAGAAUCCAGAAAGAUAUUUCAUUGAUACAAAACCUUUAGUAGAUAAGAAAAGGAUUUCACAUCUGUUUGAUCGCUAUAAAGGUAGGCACGAUCAUUAUUUCAUUCUUCUAUCUUCCUCUUAUUUUUGCUUAUUUGCAAAGAACUAUCAAAAAUGUCUUGGCGGAUUUAAGACCCUUAAACCGUGUCGUGGAUAUUUUUGUUGGUAUAUUUUACUUAAUAUAUUGGUUUAAAUGACUACAAAAACUUUUUUGUUGUAAAGCCAUAUGAACAGUAAGAGAAUUUUAUAUAAGCCAGAAUAGAUGAAGUAAAUAGUUGUCAUGAGAUGCUAUUCUCCCUCCCCUCCCCCGGUGAUUGGAUACUAGUUCAUUCCUUCAUCACCCCCAGUCUCGUGUCACUUGUACCAUUCUUUAACGUGGGGAAGACAUACCGUUUGGGGCAAAUUUUUUAUCAGGGGUGAUGUUGAUAGUCUCUUAGUUUUCCAUUGUUUUAACCUCUUGUUAGCAACCACUUGACACAUGGUCCGACCUCUAUGCUCACUAAUGUACCAGUCAAGUCUAGAACUGCCCAAGACCCUCCUCAGGGCAUACCCAGGGCAUUUGACUGGAGUUUUGCUUCGUAUGCGGGGAAUUUGACCCAAAAUUAGGCCCUCCCAGUUGGGCAUUUAACUUUCAUGUCAAAAUGCUAGUCAGCUAAAGGAUCUCGUAAUCCUUUCAUUCAGCAUGUGGACUGUGUUCAUGGGUUGUUGCUCCUAUAUUCACUCUUUUGUUGGAGCAUUUGAGAGCCUUUGGCUACCCGAGCAGGCAAGAUGGGUCCAUCUUGCUUGCUCAGGAUUUUCCGCAUCUGUCCUUAAAGAAAGAGUUUUUUCCUUUUAUUAAUCAAGCUUGGUUGGAUCAAUAUGUCGUAUAUUGGCCUCAUUCUUUUAAUUGUGUUUUCAGUGGUGGAUCCAGGGGAGGGGCCCAGGGAGGGGGGGGGGGGGGGGUUCCCCCCCUUUUUUUAGACCAAACUGAGGUGGGAAGGGCUGAAAAAACUUUUUCUGAUACCAGGCCCCCCCUUUUGUCAGGGUCUGGAUGACGGCCCAACCCCCCCCUUAUCUGAAGGUCUGGACCUGCCACUGGUUUUUACUGAAAAUGCAAAAAAGGACUCAACCAAUAUUCAGCCAUCUUGACCUUACACUUGGUCAAUAAUGUAUAUAUCUGGUUACUAAGAAAUUGCAUGCAAUAAGAGCUCUCCUGUGCUUCAGUUUGUCUAAGCAUCACCUCCUAUGAUUGACCAGCUUAAUUAAAUCUUCACAUUUUGAGGAGUCACCUAUGGGAGAUAGAACUGUUAUAUAUACCGACCUCUUACAUCUUACCAUUGUCAUUAGAUCCCUCAGAUGAUGAUAAAAUCAUGGCAGAAGGAAUUGGGCGGUUCUGUGAAGACCUGAAAUUAGAUCCUACCAGUCUUAAAGUACUAAUAAUUGCUUGGAAAUUCAGAGCUGCAACACAGUGUGAAUUUACAAGGAAGGAAUUUAUUGAUGGAAUGGUAGAUCUAGGGUAAGUCAUUGCUUAUUGUUAAACAGCCCAUAUCUUGGGAGUAGUGUUGCUUGGCUGUGUAUAUAAGUAACUGGAGUGGUUAAGUUUUGUUGUUGAUAAGUUUAACUGAAUCCAUGUGAAACGAUGGAACUUUUCAUAAAAGCCCAUUUAAAAAAAAAACAUAAUUCUUAAGAAUGUGCUGAUUCAGCCUUACCAGGGUACAAUAAUUCAAGUCUGACUCAAGUGCCAUCCACCAGAUAAAUCAAUGUCAGGAUUAAAGUACUUAGAAAACCAUUAUAUUAUUUUGUUAUAUAUUGGAUAAUGAUUUAUCCUGUGGAUAGUGUUAUCCACCUUCUGAACAACUGGUAUCUGUUUUGCAUUCCAGUGUUGUACUGAUUCUGCCAACCCAGCCGCAGUAAAUGAAUGAUAUACUCAUGAUUUUUCUUGUGUUAUAGUUGUGACUCCAUCGACAAGCUCAGAAGUAAGCUUCCCAGUUUAGAGGCUGACCUUAGAGACAGUAGCAAAUUUAAAGAUUUAUACCAGUUCACAUUUAAUUUUGCGAAAAAUCCGGGCCAAAAAAGUUUAGGUAAGAUGAAUUUGGUAUUAUUAAUUAAUUUCAUUCGUAAUAAUUAUUAAAAACUCUCUCUCCGCUUGGUCAUAAGAACAUGGUGUGACAGUCUAUGUUGUGUUAUUAGCAACUAGAGAAGUAUUAAAGCUUAGAUGCAAGGGUGUGAUAUUCAAACUCAUUGCAAACAGAUGAGCUUGGAAGUGGUGUCUUAAAGGUUAAUGGUUUGCCACAUGCCAUAAGCCACCCUGAGUUUCUGCUAACCAGCACCAUCACACUGAAAGAAUUCUGUGGAAGCAGCUUACCUGAAAGAAAAAUAAUACCUUAAAAGCCAAACACAGUAUCGCGAGGGAGGAGAGGGUGCAACAAUCUGCGGUGAUUCCUAAGCAAUAGCCGUGCUUUUGAUCCCCAAAGAUCAGCUGAUAGCACCGCACAUAUAAUACAAUACCCCUUAAAGCCACCCUGCAGGUCUUGUACUACUGAUUGGGAAGAUUUCUGAUGCAUUACUAAGCUCAAGUUUAACUUUGCCUAAAUAAUGUUUUAGCUACAUCUUAAUAACAAUGUUCUUCACUGGGUUAACAAUGAACACAGGGAAUCAAGUUGUCAAGAAUUUUAGGUACCAAGUACCAUUACCCUGUGAGCAUAGUUUGCCUUUUCACAACAUGUACAACGCACAAAUAGCAGUGUCUACUGACAAACCAUCCAUUCCUGCCUAGAGAUGUGGAUAAACUGGUUUCUAACUGGCUCUAGACUAGUUGAACUGGUUUCUAACUAGCUCUAGACUGGUUGGUUAUUGCAUUAUGUUUUAGUAACCUUAUUAAAGAUAUUUGCCACUCAUCACUGGAACGUUAAGAGUAGAUUUGGAUUUAUUUGUUGUCUUCUCAGACUUGGAUAUGUCCAUUGCAUAUUGGAAUAUAGUCCUUAAUGGAAGAUUUAAGUUCCUUGAUAUCUGGUGUGAAUUUCUCAUGGUAAGUUCAGGUUUUUGUUCAUAAUAAGUACGACGGUUGAACUUAUUUCAUAACAAAGGGUGCCCACAUCCCAGUACAUUAUUAUUACUCCAAUAUGUACACUUAACAUGUCGUUAAAGCUCUUGUAAGUCUUUUUUCCUUACUUUCUUGUGGAAUCUUUGACAGUGUAUUAUUUCUUACUAAUAAUUACCUCUUUCUUACUUAUCAUGUAUUUUUUAAUUCUCUUAAAGGUAAUACUAACUUAAUCAAGUGGAUGUCGGCAAAACAUUUUGUACAUAGAUCAGCCAUACUUGAGGCUCCCCAAUAGGGAUCUUCAAUCCUGUCAUCCCAACUCAAAUUUUUGCACAAUCCCGUAAUCCCAAUGGCUACAUGUAUGUAUUUUUGAUAUCCCGUGUGAAUACUUUCAAUCCUGAGUCUCGCCCAGAUUUUGCUUUAAAAUCUCACAUCCUGAAAAAUCUAUUGAGAACCCUCAUACUCCUAUCAGUCUGCUCUUUUAUUCUGUAAUUUUCUAAAUUUGAUCUUAUUUUUAUAUGUAGUUUAAAUGUUGUUUUACAGUUCCAUCAUAAAAGGGCAAUAUCCAAAGACACCUGGAACCUUCUCUUAGAUUUCAGUAACAUGAUUGAGGAUGACAUGAGUAAUUAUGAUGAAGAAGGUGAGUUAUGUCUUAAAUGAUUGUUAAAAUAAAAUUAUUUUAGACACAAAUUAUAUGUGUUUUUCCACUUAAGGUGGCUCGACUGGAUUUUUUUGGGGGGAUACCUCCCAAGUUUGAGCAUUAACUCCGUCGCCAUGAGUAAAGAUAUGGGAAAAAAAUUACCACAACUGUAUUAUAUAAAGAUGAAAAUUUCUUAUGAACUGGGUUUUAUUGCAAUCGGAGUCGCCAUAGCAACGUAACGACGCCAUUACGUUUUUUAUUUAUCUUUGUGUUUCUCUGUUCCAAGAGUUUUUUUAAGAAAUCGCUUAAGGGAGUUUGUACCUGCCAUAAUUGCCUCAAUUACAGCAAAUUUUGAACAAAUUCUGUGAGAGCGUUUUUGAGAUAUUUUGAAACGAAGUUUUAAGCAUCAUAAAAACAGUGAAAUAGCAUGCUAUCCACACAAUUAGCUGAAUUUUUAAGAAAAUGAUAAGCUUGGGAAACGCGGCUUCAUCUCAUAGUGGUUUCAAAAUAUUUCGAAAAUGCUCGCAUAGAAUUUGUUCAAACUUUGACAUAAUUGAGGCAAUUGUGGCAGGCACAAACUCCCUAAAGCGAUUUCUUAAAAAAACUCCCGGUACAGAGAAACACAAAGAUAAUUAAAAAACGUAAUGGCGUUGUUACGUUGCCAUGAUGACUUCGAUUGCAAUAAAACCCAGAUCAUAAGAAAUUUUCAUCUUUAUAUAAUACAGUUGUGGUAAUCUUUUCCCCAUAUCUUUACUCAUGGCGACGCAGUUAAUGCUCAAACUUGGGAGGUAUCCUCCCAAAAAAAUCCAGUCGAGCCACCUUAACCAGUAGCCAAAUUCUGUCUUUUUUUCACUGUUUUAUUAAUGCUGAAAUUGAGACUGAUGUUAGCCAAGAAUUGGAUUUGAAAAUAAUUAUUUUAACAUCCUGUUAUUGUUUCAUUGUUUUCAGGGGCAUGGCCUGUGUUAAUAGAUGAAUUUGUAGAGUAUGCCAAACCUAAAGUUACUGGAAAACAAACAACAGUAUAACAGGACUUUAAGACUACUAACAGUCUGCAUCGCAGAUGAAAUCUAACCCUGGUUAGUAACGUCUGCAAAACAGCCUUGAUAUCCUUGUUCUGGGACCACAAUGGACUUAAUUAAUUACCGGAAAUAUGUUUAGAAUUUCCCUUCUACCUGAUUGACUAUAAUGGCUUUUUGACAACAAAUCAUGGUGCAUACUCAAACCUGGGCAGGGCUUGAAAAAGCCCCAUCUGGUAGUUCGGGAUUAGUAGAUUUUCUGGCUGGGCAAGUGACUUUUAAACUGACUUACCCAAAGGGUGAGGUUCCAGGCAAAUCAUCCACAAACAAAAUCAUUAACUAAGAUGAGCGAGAAGUGACCCCAGGCAAGGGAAAUGUGAGAGCUAAUUACCCAAAGGACAAGCUGGAAUUCAAGAGUUUUUUUUUCGAGCCCUGAUGGUAAGCAGCAGGGGACCCAGAACAAGGAUUUUAGCACUGUCUGGCAGAUAGAGUUAACCAGAAGUUUAGUUUUGUCUGAGGUGCAGGGUAUUAGGCAACUAGGUGCACAGAAUCACUCUGCCAGAACCUGGGUACUCUGUGAUCAUCCAUUUUGUACAUGGCAGGCAAAAAAAAUUUGAAAACAAGCAUUUAUUUAUUCAUAUUUGCUUGCCACUUUUGCAGUUUACAGACUGAAGCCCCAUUCACACCAACAAAACAUGAUUGUUUAAUUGUAGCAUUUUAAUCAAAGAAAGUUGGUAUCAGAAAGCUGGAUUAUUGGCUGUGACGUAACAUUUGUGCUAAAUCUGUAGUCAGCAAAAGACUGGAAAGCAGCUUUUGUGAAAAGACACAAUAUUUAUUUUAAACUGUGUGUUUCACUAAGAACUUUUAAAUGUAACUAUUAUUAUAUCAUGGUGUGAAUGGGGCUCUAGCAGACUGGUGCAUUCCUUUUUUGAUAAAAUAAGAGUAAUCCUUAUGGACUAUCCUUUUACAGAACAGUGCUUCUACAGUAACUGCCUUUGCUGCCAAACUAACAUCACUAUAAUAAAUUUGCAUACUUUUGUUUUAGAUAAAGUGAGGGUCCGAGAACUUUGUUGCCCACUUAUUAGCCAUAAGCUCAUGAUCAAGAGCCAUGCCUGUGUCGUUCAAGAAAAUACCCAUACUCAAGAAGGUUUUAUUGGUUUCAUCCCCCUCCCAUCCCCUCCCCUCUGGAAAUUCAAGAUUAGGUGCAUUGAACUGACCUCUGCUUUGAUGUUCAAGCUGAGUCAAACACGUGAAAGAGUUUUUAUUCAAUAUCCAAACGCCUUGAAGAUGAUUCAGCAAAACUGAGCUGUACCUCUUCUUUCCAACCCAAACACUCUAAGUCUCUUGCUUUUAACAUAAUUAUUUUGACUUUUAUAUGCAAUUCACUACUUGAGGUUUGUAGCAGCUGGUGACCUUAUUUCAUCUGAGAGUCAUGCUUCUCAUGCACCUUGUUCCAAAAUGGUGGCGAGUUAUUCUUUCAUCCUAUGAUAAUUGGUCCCCAAAGUAUUCUUUCAAUAUAGAAGUUUUUAAUUCUGUAGAUACAAAUUACCCAGAGUGCUAAAUAACAUAAAUAUCCACGGAAGAAAAGUAAUUUUAUUAUUGGUGCCAUUUUGGAACAAUUUAUAUUUAGUUACUUCAACAAACGUAUGCAAAUUUACUAUAAGUGACCACAUAAAUUAUGUUGUUUCUUAAGGCUGCAUCCCUCAUAGAUACAUGUAAGCCCUGACUGGUGAAUGUGAUGUUAGAUGUAUAUAAUAUUGAUAGCCCAAACAAUAUUUUCAUAUAAAUUUUCAUGUUACAGUAUUGACUUGUAGAUGCCACAGUGGCUGUUGACCUUUUCAAGAUACUUUUCUCUGUGUGGCUAAUUCACUAGAGUUUCUCCCAACAUUGUGAGCCACUGUGUAAAUUUUUUAGUUUAAUACAGGGCUUAGGUAAUAAUAGUGUAACUACUAUGACCUCUGUAACACUAGCAAUCUUUCAGUAUGGUGAAGAGAAGUAAAGUCUCAUUUUCUACC